CCCCUCUCCUUCUUCUUCUCCUUCUCACCCUUUUCAGUUAUAUUUCCCCGUUUUGCCUUUCUUUCUCCCCUUCCCUACGAUUUUUAGGGUUUCCUUUUCUUUUUCUCUCCAUUUCUGUUUUAUCUGCGUAAACAUCUCCAUCCAUCUCUUUGUUUCAUUUCCUCUGGUUGUCCUCUUGUUUCUGUUUUGUCGAAUCUCGUAAGAAGUGCAUUUUAGAGAUCAGUUCUUCUCUGGGUUUCACCUCGUUAAUCAGAUUUAAGCACAUUCUGAUCAAAUUUUGAAUCCAUAGUACUACCGUCUCAAGAAUCCUUGCACAAAUAAUGUUCUGUUACCUGCCAUAAAUGCGCUGCAGCUUCGGAGAUGAGAAGUUUUCAGGAAGCCUGCGAUUGAUGGACUGCUCACGCAACAGCAGUGAUAAGAAAACAUUGAAGAGGUGGUUUUUCAUAGACAAAAGGGUUGGCUAAAGGUUUUUAAGGGUUGAAGGUUCUUAACUAUAUUUGACAAACCUGCUGCUAUCAUCAAAGAUAUAGUUUAACCCGUUCUAAGUGUACUGAAAGUGAUCUGAAGCUAAUGGAGUUAAAGUCCAAUCACUCAUCGCCUGUCCUCACUGAUCCUGCUCCAAUAAACAAGUCAAGACUAGGCAUCCACUCCAGUCUGCUGUCCUAUCCACAAUCAGGUGGAUCUUUGUCCUCUGGCAAGUAUAUGACAAUUCCCAGAAAGAAACCUGGGCAGCUUGAUGAUGUCCGCUCCAAUGGUUGGCUGGAUGCCAUGAAAUCUUCAUCACCCCCUCGUAAGAAGCUAAUUAAGGACUUCAAUAUUGAGGUUGCUGCAGAUGAUAUUGAUAUUGCUUAUUGCUCCUGGAUGAUUAAGUAUCCAUCUGCUCUUAAAUCUUUUGAGCAAAUUUCCAAAAAUGCCAAGAGCAAGAAGAUAGCUGUUUUUCUAGAUUAUGAUGGUGUUCUUUCUCCCAUAGUAGAUGACCCUGAUCGUGCCUUUAUGUCUGAUGCUAUGCGUUCUGCUGUCAGAAAUGUUGCGAAGCAUUUCCCAACAGCAAUUAUUAGUGGGAGAAGUCGUGAUAAGGUUUAUGAAUUGGUAGGACUAACUGAACUUUAUUAUGCCGGCAGUCAUGGGAUGGACAUUAUGGGCCCUGUGAGUCAUACAGAGUCUGGUGACCAUCCAAAUUGUAUUAGAUCAACUGACCAACAGGGCAAGGAGGUAAACCUUUUCCAGCCCGCUAGAGAAUUUAUACCUAUGAUAGACGAGGUUUUCAAAACCCUUGUCGAGAAUACUAAAGAUAUCAAAGGUGCAAAAGUUGAGAAUCAUAAGUUUUGUGCCUCUGUACAUUACCGUAAUGUAGAAGAGAAGAACUGGCCAACUAUCGCACAAUGUGUUCAUGAUAUUUUGAAAGACUACCCUCGCUUGCGAUUAACUCAUGGGCGGAAGGUUUUAGAGAUCCGUCCUGUGAUUGACUGGAAUAAAGGGAAGGCAGUUGAGUUUCUGCUUGAAGCCCUUGGACUAAGUGGUAGAGAUGAUGUGCUUCCAAUUUAUAUCGGAGAUGACAGGACUGAUGAGGAUGCAUUCAAGGUUUUGCGGGAAGGAAGCCGAGGUUAUGGGAUCUUGGUGUCUUCUGUGCCCAAAGAGAGCAAGGCGUUCUACUCUCUCAGGGACCCAUCAGAGGUGAAGAAGUUUCUCAAGGCUUUGGUGAGAUGGAAGACGUUUGAAGAAGCUUGAAGAAAUUAGGAGCACUAUAAUUUUCAAGCAGAGCAUUUAGUUACAUGCAAAUAAAUAUUGCAUUCAAUUCUUAUUUUGGAUCAUAAAUCCAGAAUGAAUCCAGUCAUUUCCGGUGGCCACAUUAUUUCUAAUCUCUGUCAGAAUUUUGAAAAUUAUUAAUUGAUAUCAAGUUAUUUAUAUGAAUAUUUUACCCUUAUUAUUGUAAAGCAUUUUCCCCCGGUUUAAUUUUCUUUUCGUGCAUUGGUUCUUUAAUUAUUGGCUGUUUGAUUAUUUAGUCUAGUAAAAACAAUCUAUUAGAAAUAAAAUCUUUUGCUUCGAGGCCAAUAAUUAAUGUACAAGCACAAAAUACAACAAAAACACUGUUUAUUUUUUCCUCUACUGAUCAGAAGAUGGACUCGGCGUUUGAAAUGAAAUCAUGACGGAGAAUCCGAGAAGAGAUGCAGCCAUAUUCAAGCACCCCCAUCCACGUAGGGACAAAAUUGUCGAAACAUUUUGUCUUCUGAUAUUACCAUCAUUGUAAAGGCAGAAGAAACACAUCAAAGUUAUUAAUAGUAUGACACUAAUCAAACUCCCUUUUUUUC